AUGAGGCUAUUCCGUGUGGACACAGCUUAUUUUGUUGUCACUGUGAUAGCAGGACUAAUUGCAUAUGUGAACGCAAAUGAUGUUCAGAGCGGGAAUGUUCAAAACCAUGUGCAUGCUGUUGCUAAUGUCGAACCUAUAAAUGCUGAACCUGAGAUUGAGAUUGCCACUACGGAAAAUGAACAAAAUAAUUUGGUAUUUCAGGAAGCAGAUGACAAUAGCCAAGGAUUCUCUGACCAUGAAAUUGAAUUAGAUUCUGAUGAAUCUGAGGUUUUCGUUGGGGAGGCAAUUGAUAGUGACUAUGUUCAUAGCAUUAAUAAUGAGCAUGUGAUCGUUGAGGACAAUUAUGAUUAUACUGAUAGUGGUGAAGAAUUUCAAAAAUAUGAUGAACAUGUUGGUGAUGUUGAGCAGGCUCACGUAACGGAUAUCAAAGAUUCAUCUUCUUCAAUUGUCGAAACAGGGGCUGAAACCACGAGCGUAAACGCAGCCGAUGCAGCAAAAGGCAAUUUACUAUUUUCGGAAGCCAUGGCUAUCUUGGAUUCAAUUCAGCAGCUAUUAUCUGAUUCAAAGGCUACGGUAACACCAUCUCUUCCAUCGCAUGCAAUUCUGACUUCUUCUAACAUGCCCUUGCCACUAAGAGCACGGUCUGGUCCAGCUCAAAUUAGACGAUAUCUCGUACAAAAAUUGCGGCACCCGAAAGAGUUGAUUAAAAAAUCAAUAACCAACCUGCUGGGUCCAUCUCUUCAAGAACAAACUGAUUAUGAAAUCGAUCUCGAAAACAGAAAUCACGAAAUUUCAGAAAAGCUAUCUGAAGCAAUAAGCUUACUAGAAGAAUCAGCCCAGGUUGGUUCGGCCGACGGUUUAUAUAUGUUGGCUGAUAUGCAUUUCUAUGGAAAUUAUACUUGUGAAAGAGACUUCCCCAAGGCAAUUGAGUACUACGAGCAAUUAGCGGAUCGUGGUAACUCUACUGCUCAGUUCAUGAUUGGUCUUGCCUACUCUACCGGCUUGUUUAAUACGGUACCUGUGGAUCAAGCCAAGGCUUCAUUGUAUUAUACAUUUGCAGCAUAUGGAGGAGAUGUCAGAGCUAAGAUGGCCAUGGGAUUUCGUCACCUAGCAGCUAUUGCUGGACCUACCAACUAUGAGGCGGCAUACGGAUUUUAUAGGUCUGCUGCUGAGAAGAGUUUAGAUUAUUACUUGAACAGUGGUGUUCCUGCAACUCUAGGCAAACGUCAUUUGGGCCAUAACUCGUUUAUUAUUGCUGACGAGUUUUACGGCGGUAUUUUUGGUCAAGGUGCUAGUGAUACCUCCUCUGGUAGUGGAUUAGCUAGGUUUAAUAGGAACCAGUUGUAUGGUUUAGGACCAAUUGAAGGUAUUUUAGAAUUUGACGAAUUUGUAUCUGAUGAGUCAUUAAUUGUUCAAUUUGCACUGGCAGCUCUAUUUUACGAGGGUGGCAUAUACUCAGAACCCGAUUAUAAAAGAGCCGUUGGUCAUGCGCUACGAGGCGCGGGUCAAGUCUGGGACAUUAACAGCUCAAGUGUGGAGCCUAUCCGAGGAGCUACUGCAAAACUUGACAAAGAUUCGAUGCAUUUUGCUACAAGGUGUGCUGGGUUCUUGGGCCAACGGUAUCUUCGAGGUGAAGGUGUGGCUCAGAAUACCACCAAAGCGCUGGAGUGGUUUCGAAGAGGAGUUGCCAAUGGUGAUGCGAUCUCGCAUGACGGCCUUGGGCUUAUGUUUUUAUACGGAGUAGAAGUACCAAGAGAUGUUGACCAAGCUUUGGAACAUUUGAAGAUAGCUGCUGCUAAGAACCUUCCUGGAGCUCAAAUGAACCUAGCACGUAUUUACAGAGCUCGAGGUGACAAGGUUAGCGAAAUGGAGUUUGUUACAAACGCUGCCAACGCAAAUCAUCUAGAGGCUUUGUUUAUUUACUCUGACCAUCUUAUUUCAAGCCAAAAGCAUGCCGAAAAAGAUGACGGCAGCGGAAGAGGUAUUACAUAUGAAGAAUCAGUGCUCUUGUUGAAGCAGCUAACUGAAAGAGUUGAAGAUUACCAUUCUCCUCUCAGGUGGGCCCAGAAAAUGUAUAGGGAAGGAGACACUGUGUCAGCACUGUUGGGAUUUCUUAUUGCUGCUGAACAGGGAUACGAAUCUGCUCAGGUCAAUGUGGCAUAUAUUCUAGACGAGUCUCCUGGUUAUAUCGACAUGACAAAUGGCAGUGCUGGUGUGAAAAGCAUAUUUCCUAACUCUUCGUUGACGAGUCUUAUUUACUGGACUCGAGCAUCCAAGCAAGUAAAUACUGAUGCCCAGGUCAAAAUGGGUGACUAUUAUUUGAAAGGAAUUGGUACAACUGCUAAUCCCGAAAAGGCAGCUGCUUGUUAUAGCGCUGCGUCAGAUCGAGGUAAUGGAAUGGCCAGCUGGAAUCUGGGAUGGAUGUAUGAGAAUGGUAUUGGCCACGAAAACGACUACCACCUAGCGAAACGAUAUUACGACCAUGCUUUAGUAUCUUCACCAGAAGCGUAUUUACCUGUAAAGCUAUCACUAUUGCAGCUGCAUCUAAAAGCAUAUUGGAACACCUUGACUGGUGGGAAAAUACGAGACAUUAUCCCCGAGGCGAAGCCAAAGCUGUCAUUCAAAGAACAAUGGGACCAGUUCUGGGUGAGAUGGAAAGAGAUGGAGUUCAAGAUCUGGAACGAAUACGCUGAAGAAGCGGGCGAGUUCAAUAUCUCUAACCUCGACUGGAUAGAUGCAGAGGGUGAUUUGGUGGAUUCUCUUGUAAUUGUAGGUUUCUUUUCUGCUAUAAUUUUGUUCUUAUGGUGGAAGCAAAGGCGAGAUGAAGCAGCUCGACAACAGCGAGCUCCAGAUCAACCACAAGCCCGUCAGCCUGAACCCGAACCAGUGCCUCGUCCAGCUACAGAGAAUCAUAGGGAUGAUGCUGGUGGUCACCCAGAGAACGAACCUGUUCUGAACAGAAGAUUUGGUGCUAACCUUGGUCGACCAAACGGGGAACCCAACCCGUUCACUCUCCCAAACAUAUGA